AUGAUGAAUACUCACCAACAACAUCCCGGCUACGGGUUUCUUUCAGGCAUGGAUCUGCACUCUGUGCAUCACGUGAGUCAGGACGUGAACGGAACGAAUCAACCAACGCCCCAAGAGCAACACAUCAAAAGACCUAUGAACGCGUUUAUGGUAUGGUCUCGGAUUCAGCGAAAAAAGAUCGCAUUGGACAACCCAAAGAUGCACAAUUCGGAGAUCUCGAAGAGGCUAGGUGCCGAAUGGAAGCUUCUCUCCGACUCGGAGAAACGGCCCUUUAUCGACGAGGCGAAACGUUUACGUGCCAUGCACAUGAAGGAGCAUCCAGACUAUAAGUACCGUCCGAGGAGAAAGCCGAAGGUCCAGGUAUCCGUCGUGCCAAACAAAGCUGGCACGAUGAAUUCAGGUGGAUUCCCUAGCUUCCCUCUGCCUCCAUACUUCGCCGCACCUACCGCAUCGGUUUCUCACCACCACCACCACCCGCAUCCUCUCGAUUAUCCACAUCUGCCAUCGUACUUCGGAUCCGCUUUCGACGCCGUCCACUUAAGCAAACUGGUAGCUGGUAACACUGGAACAGGAUCAACGUCGACGAACACUGCUGCGGCUGCGGCUGCGGCGGCAGCGGAUGCUGCCAACAACAACGCAGCUUCCGCUGCAGCCGUAGUCAGCAGCUUCUACUCAGGAUUCUACUCCUCGCCAACGACAGCAGGUAAGCCAUACCCGACAACGGCGUCGCAUCUCGGACCACUGUUUCCAACCGGACACCACACCGCAACUGCGACUACUACGCCUCAUCCACCUCUGAUGUUUCCAUCGUCGACGACGACCGGCUCCGCGAGUAUCGUUACGACGACCAGUAGUCCUAGCAGCAGUCCAAGAUCUACGCCGAUUCCAUCGUCUCAUCAGCAAGUCCCUACGCCGACCACGUCGACCCCUCUAGAUCUGGAGCAAUUACGUCGACCAGUCUCCUUCAUACAAUACACAAUACACAUACAUUUCGCGUCGUAUAAACGAGCUCUGUUCGCUCAUGAUUUUUCGAAAAGAGUACUUCGUGCGUAUCCGUCAGAUCUUAGUCUUGCUCAAACAACUGCCCAUUCGCAUCGGGCCACGAGCCACGUAUUCAGAAUCAUUUAUCCACUCGGAUCAGAAACAUUUACUUAUUGGGACGUGUAUGUUCCAUCAGAGUCGAAAGAGUUAAGAUCCAGGGAACGAAAUCGAACUUACGUUCUCACUUUUAGAUUUAUACUUGUCAGUGGUAGUAGUGUUGCCUCCAACGACAGACGAAGGAAUAAUAAAAUAGAUAAAAUUGAAUGUUGUAUGGAAAUAUUGCGCAAAAAAGCAUGCAUUAUUCGGAUAUUACAACAUUCCGAUAGUGAAGGUUCUACUGUAUUAAAAUAUCGUUCUGAAAAACACCAGUUUCCGACAUGGAACUUUGAAGGGUUAGGGGGAAUGGGAGAAAAUCUCAAAUGUGAAAUUUUAGUUUCAAAUCAGUUUCAGAGAUAUUAAUAAAUAACUUUCGGCACAGCACACUGAAUUCUGAAGUCAGUCUCAAUAUCUAUAACACAUCUCGCAAAUACUGUUGUGUUUCAUUUAUUUAAAAUUAUUAUUUAAAAUUAUUAUUUAUUUAAAAAUACUUACAGUAUUAAUAAAAUGUUUAUUAAUAUCUUAAAUGUCUAUAAAUGUUUUAUUAAUAUCUUCGAAACUAAAAAUACUUAUUAAAAUUAAAAUUUUAUAUUAGAGGGAUUCUCCCUUUAUUUGGCCCUUCAAAAUUGUAUGUCGAUCACGGGUUUUCCGGAACCUUACAUUAUUUAUGAUUUAACGAAUUAAUCACAAAUAGCUUUUACACAGAAAUUGUAACGGAAUUUUCUUUGAAUCGUCUGUCGUUGGUUAUUCGCAGCGCCACUCAGCCGUAUUAAUUUAAAUAGGCAUAUCUGAUGAAAAAAUGGUUUCAAACAUGAGAUUUUAAACAACUUUCAGUAUUUAACAAUCAGAUUUCAUCGAUUUCAUAUCUGAGACAUAAACUGUUUAAUACAGCUUUUUCCAACGCUUUCAUUCAAUGUAUUAAAAAAUAUAUCAGCAUAUCUAGUUUUCUGUAAUAAUUUUGUGGAAAACAAAACACACGUUUAAAAAAAUCUAUUUUCACACGUAUAAAAGUAAUGUGCACACUAGCAAUUUACAUUUAUAACGGAAUGUCAUUAGAAAGGCUACAACCUUUUAUAACUCCAAUUGAAAUGUCAUCGAAUGAUCGUGAACAUCGUGAACAUUAGCAAAGAAACGAUAGUUUUCAAAUCACAGAAAUAUUCUACAUCCUAUUUCUUUGAAUAGAUGGUAGAGCUGUAGAAGAUAGCGUUACAAAUGAUGAUAGUGUCACAUAAAUUUACUUAACUAUGAAUAAAUUAUUCUUGUAUAUAAUAAACAUUCUUGUAUAUAAUAAAUUUUACAUAAAUUACUUUUGUUAAUUCAGUUGAAUUAGAUUUUUAUAAUUUAUUAUCAUUAUUAGAAAUUAUUAUCAUAAUUAUUAUUGUUGUUAUUAUUAUUAUUAUCAUUAGAAGUUUUUCUUUGCAGCUCUACCAUGUAUUCGAACAGGAUACAAGUAUUUUUAUCUGGCAGUAAUGAUUCAAGAGAAAGUUAG